GUCGGGACUUUCCUGAAAGGUCAAAAUUUAUUACAAACAUCGCAUUAUUAUAACAAAAUAGACCAACAUUACAGAACACAAAAUUAUUAAUAUAAGAUAAAAAUUAAAAACUUUCAUCUUUGCUUUCAUUUCUUCCCUUCGAAAACCCCCGAAAUUCUUCUAGAAAUUCGCCUUCACUGCCAUUUCUUCUGCCCCGAUCACCUGCAAAUCGCGCGCUUUUGUUAAAUCUCCAGCUGGGCCUAUCUUGAAUCUCUGAAUUUCCCCAAGUUUGCGCCUUUAUUGCAAUAUUUGUCCCAAUUUUUUUCGCCCAUGAUGGGGGAAAGUACGAGGGACGAGGCGUUACUGGGCCAGCUCAGCGAGUCGGUCAGGGCGAUUUAUGAGUUGCCCGAGUGCAGAACGGUUUCCAGGAAGAUGUACUGUAAUCUGGUGAGAAGGGUGAAGCUUUUGAGCCCUCUGUUUGAAGAGCUUAAGGACGUUGGAGAAGACGGGGAGCUUGGGGACGACGUCGUUAGGGGGCUCAAGUCGCUCAAAAUAGCUCUUGACUCGGCCCUUGAACUGUUGAAAUCGGUCCAUAAAGGGAGUAAGAUUUUCCAGGCUCUCCAAGUCGAAAAAAUUGCGGCAAGAUUUGAAGACGUAACACAACUGAUCGAAGCUUCAUUAUGUCAGAUUCCCUAUAACGAACUCGAUAUACCCGAUGAAGUUCGAGAACAGAUUGAACUCCUACACCACCAAUUCAAACGAGCAAUAGCCCAAACCGAGACACCAGAUUUGCAACUCGUGGUGGACUUAGCCGCUGCACAAAUGGAGGAUGAUCCCGAGCCAUCGGUUUUCAGGCGACUUUCCGAAAAAUUGUUUCUUAGGACCACAGCCGAUAUAAAGAGGGAGCUGCUCACCAUUCAUGAGAUGGUCAUCUCAUGCGGUGGUGUACCUGAGGGAGUCUCGGAGGAGUACAUAGAGACAAUGUCGUACCUUCUGAGGAAGAUCAAGGAGUGUGUAAUGAUGGAUGGUACCGAAAAUGAUGCUACUACUGAAUUCGACAAGAACUCGAUCAAGCAUAGGUCCCCGAUCAUUCCCGAUGAUUUUCGCUGCCCGGUAUCUCUCGAGUUGAUGAAAGAUCCCGUAAUCGUGUCGACUGGACAGGGCGCAAUCGUCAACUCCGGCGCCAUCCCGGAUAUUGUCGCCGUCCUCCGCUCCGGUAGCCCGGAGGCCCGCGAGAACGCCGCCGCCGCCCUCUUCAGCCUCUCGGCCGCCGACGAGAACAAGGUGGCCAUAGGGGCCGCCGGGGCCGUGGCCGCUCUCGUCGACCUCCUCCGGACGGGGACUCCGAGGGGGAGAAAAGACGCGGCCACGGCUAUAUUCAACCUUUGCAUAUAUGGUGGGAACAAGGCGCGGGCCGUCAGGGCCGGGGUCGUGGGCCCGUUGAUGGGCUUUUUGAGGGAUCCGGGCGGCGGGAUGGCGGACGAGGCGUUGGCGAUACUUGCGAUCUUGGCGGGCCAUCCGGAGGGGCGGGCCGGGAUUGCGGGGGAAAGGCCCGUCCCGGAGCUUGUGGAGGUGGUGAGGACGGGUUCGCCGAGGAAUAGGGAGAAUGCGGCGGCGGUUUUGUGGGCGUUGUGUGCGGGAGGAGACGGGAGGUGGCUCAAGGGGGAGGAAGGGGCGGAGGAGGCGUUGAGGGAGUUGGCAGAGAAUGGGACGGAUAGGGCGAAGAGGAAGGCUUUGGCCGUGCUCGAGGUGCUUGGUUUGUGA